AUGGUGUUGUUGCUGCUCGAAGAAAUGCGAGAAAAAGGAAAUUCCGAAGCAUGGGAAUGUUCCCCGGAAUUCCACUAUUCCUGGCGAACUCCCUUUUCCCGCCUUCGACAGCACUCUCUCUUUUUUCAACAACGUCUGAAGGAGCAGGUACCGAAUUGGCAAGACCUCCUCAACCUGGCAGCCUCUUCAACUACUGAUACCUUGACCCCAUUGGCCGAUGGACUGCUGAAAAUAGUUUCACCUGGAAGGGCAGGUGCCCAUAAUUCGGGAGUCGCCAUUUCUGAUGACCAACCCGGGCCCUCGGGCCAAUCAGCCGAGAAAGCACCUGGCAUCUAUGCGCAUAUUCUGGCGGAGAGCCCGGUCAGGAAACUGACCUAUUCCGCUUGCUCGCCAACCCGAAAUCGCUACGGCAGGGUCUACGUUUCCGGUCGGCCGUUGAUAAUGAAGGAUCGCCUGAAAAUCGUGGAGUUGCAUAAGAAGGGUUAUAAGAAGAUCAACAUCGCCAAAGAGCUCGGCGUGACCCAUAGCUGCGUCAGUAAGGUUUUGAGAAGAUACCUCGAAACUGGGAGCUGUGAAGCUAAAAAUGUAAAAAUAAAGAGGAAAAGGACACCAGAAGCUGAUCCAGCAGAAGCCAAACCGGAAACUGCCCCGAAGCGCGUGCUGCGCUCGUUUACUAUUGAAAAUUUACUAUCUACUGAAACCCAUCAUAUCGUCUAUACCUCCAAA